GGACUGGCCGCCGUGGCGCUGGGGACCGUCGCCUGGCGCCGCGCGCGGUCCAGGCGGCGCCGGCAGCUGCAGCAGGUGGGCACGGUGGCGCAGCUCUGGAUCUACCCGGUCAAGUCCUGCAAGGGGGUGGCGGUGAGCGCGGCGGAGUGCACGGCCCUGGGGCUGCGCUGCGGCCACCUGCGGGACAGGUUUUGGCUUGUGGUCAACGAGAAGGGGAACAUGGUCACUGCUCGGCAGGAACCCCGUCUGGUCCUGAUUUCCCUGACUUGUGAGGGCGAUGCCCUGACCCUCAGUGCAGCCUACACGAAGGACCUGCUGUUGCCCAUCAAGACACCUGCCACAAAUGCCGUGUACAAGUGCAGAGUGCACGGCCUGGAGAUCGAGGGCAGGGACUGUGGGGAGGCUGCGGCCCAGUGGAUUACUAGCUUCCUGAAGACACAGCCCUACCGCCUGGUACACUAUGAGCCUCACAUGCGACCGAGAAAUUCUCACCAAAUAAUGGAUGUGUUCCAGCCCACAGACCAGAUUGCGUACUCAGAUGCCAGCCCGUUCUUGAUUCUCUCUGAGGCAUCUUUGGCAGAUCUCAACUCCAGGCUGGAGAAGAAAGUUAAAGUGGCUAACUUCAGGCCCAAUAUCGUCAUUUCAGGGUGUGGUGUCUAUGCAGAGGAUUCUUGGGAUGAGCUUCUUAUUGGUGACGUCAUACUGAAAAGAGUAACGGCUUGUUCCAGGUGCAUUUUAACCACGGUGGACCCAGACACUGGCGUCAUGAGCAGGAAGGAACCGCUGGAGACCCUGAAGAGUUAUCGCCUGUGUGACCCUUCUGAGCAAAAGCUAUACGGAAAAUCGCCUCUCUUUGGGCAGUAUUUUGUUCUGGAAAACCCAGGGACAGUCAGAGUGGGAGAUCCUGUGUACCUGCUGGGCCAGUGACAGGAAUCCUGUCCUGGAAUAUCAGAUACCUUGAAAAAAGAUAUCGUCAGAGACGCUGGGAAGCACGCCUGUGGAACCGAACCCUCAGCAUUUUCUUUGGGUCUGUGACUUCUGGGGUUUUUUUGUUUGUUUGUUUUUUUGUUUUGCCUUUUAGACUUCUUUGUGCCUCAGUCCUUCCCAGGGUCCCAGUGCACAAGGCAAAGAAAUAAGUCCUUGGGAGCUUAGUAGGACAUCUGCAAGGCACUUAAAUGACAAGGCAGAACACCGAAAAUCCCUUGUUUAACUGUGAUUGUGGAAUCUGUUCCCCUUUUCCAUUCGCCUAUCCAGAGGGCUAACCUCCAUCGUCUCAUUACCACUCCGAAGGAAAGAGAAGAGAAAGAGGAAGAGUGGGGAAGUGUGAAGAAUGUUCUGGAAGAAUGCAAUGGAAAUGACAUAGCUCCCCAGAUAAGGCUGGAGUGUCACAUCCCUUUUCUCCCCAAGCCCUGGACUACGUUUUGAGGAGGCAUAAAGACCCCGAUCUUCAGGAAACACUUAAGAUGUCAACCUCUUAUAGAUCAUCAUGGAACUGGCACUUCUUCUCAGACAACGUCCACAGGAUUGGAUGGAUCCUUCAAUAGCACGCAGUGCCUCUGGGCUGUAGAACAGCAGAAAUGUCAUGGUGCAAAGUCAACCAUUGAGAACAGCCAUUGCUGGCAGACGCCCACAGGCAACACGUGGAAAGCAAGACAGACACAGACUUCCUUGUCUUGAGACAAAUGUCAAGUACAUCCCAUUAGUGAUCCAAACGUUUUUCCCAACAUAGGAGAGUGGGCGGUAGCCCCAGAGAGGGGACGACCGCCCGUUUGCUGUUGUCUGAGACGCUGUUAAAUGUUGCCCAGUGAAAUAGUGGCGCCCCUCUUGGCAGAUGAGCAAAAAGAAGCAGAAAGAUGUCGCCCCCUGGUGGUGGCGAAUGAUAGCUUAGCCCAUGCUGUGGAAAAGAUUGGGAAAAAAAAAUACCUGUGAUUGGGUUUUAAUUUUCUAUCCCUGAUUUUUUUUUUUUUUUAAGGAAGUGGGGACACCUUCCAGGUACUCUCUGCUUCUCAGCUGUAAGUAUUUGAUUUCCUAAAAGCUCUCAGGAGGGUGGCUCUGUUGUCACAAAGCCCCCUGGGAUCCUUGCUGGUCUCAUCAACUCAUGGCUGGGUCCUCCUCCUCAAAUUCAGGGUGAGAAAGUUCUGGAGUCCGUGGAUGAGAAGAAGCGUGAUUUUGUGAUUCGGAAUGGGCCGCUGAAAACCUUUCGAAGGAAAAGAGGAAAUCAUGUCAGUUCAUUAAAAACCGCUAUCUAAUCUUUCUACUUUCUAAUGAUUUAGCUCUAAGAGCUGAGGAACCAUAUCCUUCACUGCUGUUUUGUCCUUAGGAAGCUGACUAAAUCGUGAAAAAAUGUUCCCAAACUGUAAACAAACGGAAGCUACUCUAACUCGC